AUGGGAACUGAAAGAAGAAAAACAAAAAGAUACACUUUCAAGAGUCCAAAGAUAGAAGAAUUGAGAAAAUUAGGAUCCUUAAUUGCCAAUCAAGAGAGUUUUUGUGACAAGUAUGGAAAGUUCUUGUAUCUCCUCAAAACAAAGAUAAAAGAAGGAAUUCUCUCUACAUUGGUCCAAUCCUAUGAUCCCUUGUAUCAUUGUUCCACCUUCCCUAAUUAUCAAAUUUUGCCAACAUUGGAAGAGUAUGCAAGUAUCAUAGGAUUGCCCAUUACUGGAAAGAUUCCCUUUACUGGUUUAGAAGGAGACACCAAGUCUCAUGACAUUGCCAAGUUCUCUCAUUUAAGGAAUGAUGAGAUUGAGAAGAAUAUGGUCACCAAAGGAGGAUUACUUGGAUUUCCUGCUCAAUUUAUGAUCGAGAAAGCUCUUGCCUUUUCAAAAGAAGAAAGAAUGGAUGACUUUGAAGCUGUCUUUGCCAUGCUUGUUUAUGGACUGUUCUUGUUCCCAGAUAGUGAAAACUUCGUUGAUAUUAAUGCAAUCAAAGUCUCCAUGAAAGGAAACCAUGUUCCUACUUUGCUUGGGGACACUUACUAUUCCAUUCACUUGAGGAAUUCCUAUGGAAAGGGAAUGAUUACCUUUUGUACUCCUUUUCUAUACAAGUGGUACAUCUCUCAUUUUCCAAACACCAAUGAUUUUUGGGACCUUCAAGAAUGA